AUGACGUACCUUGAUGUUAUGUCAUUAAGUGAGAAAUGGCGAAGCAAUUGCAUGGCACACCUUCACGGCGAUGAUAGAAAGAAGAUACUGGUCAGUAAAGUAGAAGAUUUAGUGAAACGGUUCCAGAAAUGCGCUUCAGGAAAACGCGUAGAAGCAUCUUCAGCAGUCACCAACAGGACUCCUUGUCCGUCAGGACUGCCCAGUCGAAGGCCCGAAAAGUCCCAUUUGAGCCAUCUAUUCUAUCGUGAUCACUCAAAACUUCGAUGGGUUAAGCUCGCGCAUACAGGCGGAGAAAGUUGUCAAAGGCCUCGUCCUGCGACGCAAGAAUAUCUUCACGCUUUGCGAGACUCUGUCAAUGAACCGAACGCUGAGAUGACGCAGGCCAAGGUUGACGUUGGUAAAAGGUUUGAAAAUGAGGCAGGACACAACAGAUUUACCUGUAUUAACAAGUUGUACCCAGUACCACCCACUAGCAGCGGUCUCGCGGUGAAGACCAUUGACGGCAACUUGGAACUCCACCAGAGGUUUCCCCUGGCCUGGUGGAGCGGUGUUUCCGCGACUGUGUGCCUGCGUGUCGCGAGCAAGGGGUCCCCUACUUCACUGGCAUCCUCAUUUUUCAUCAAACUUGAAACCAUUCAAGAUGCGUGUCAUGCCUGA